UUGACUAUUCUUCCUUCUCUUUCUCCCCACUCUAACAACUCAUCUUCUUCCUCGUAUAACUCUCCUCGUUAUUCAACGUUCAUGACUUAACUGGCCUUUUAAGCCACCCAAAACGCCUACCGUUUUGUUAAAUACCCACAUUCACUCUUAUUCUUUCUUUCAAUGGCGUUCUUCAAUUUUCUCUCCCCCCUUCUUCUCCUUCUCCUUCAGUUCUCUGCUACAUUGCAACAACAAACCACAACAACGUCGACUCAUUCCACUCAAAUCAACUCUAAUUCAGUCCUUGUCGCGCUUCUCGACUCGCAUUACACUGAACUCGCCGAGCUCGUGGAGAAGGCGCUUCUGUUACAGACUCUUGAAGAGGCAGUUGGGAAACAUAAGAUCACCAUUUUCGCUCCCAAAAAUGAAGCUCUUGAGCGCGAUCUCGAUCCUGAGUUCAAGCGAUUCUUGCUUGAACCGGGUAAUUUGAAGUCUUUACAGACUCUUUUGCUUCACCACAUUGUUCCCUUGAGGAUUGAAGUCACAAAAAAGACGCAAAGUACUGAAUCAACUCGGCACCACACGCUGUCUAGUGAAUCAGUCGAGUUAACGGAGCAAGAUUCUGGUGAAAUGUUUAUUGAGCAGGCUAAAGUUAUCCACCCGAAUGCAGUGCACCGCCCGGAUGGUGUGAUCCACGGCAUCGAAGGGCUGCUAAUCCCUCGAUCCGUACAACAAGAUUUUAAUAACCGACGGAGUCUCCGUUCAAUCUCGGCUGUUAAACCGGAAGGAGCCCCCGAGGUCGACCCAAGAACACACCGAUUAAAAAAACCGGCACCGCCAGCGAAACCCGGUUCACCUCCUGCCCUUCCCGUUUACGAUGCGAUGGCACCCGGUCCGUCACUGGCUCCUGCUCCAGCCCCUGGUCCCGGCGGGCCCCACCACCACUUCAAUGGGGAGAAGCAAGUGAGAGAUUUCAUUCAGACACUGUUACAUUACGGAGGGUACAACGAAAUGGCCGAUAUUUUAGUAAAUCUCACAUCGCUGGCAACCGAAAUGGGCCGGCUCGUAUCGGAGGGAUAUGUUUUAACCGUUUUAGCGCCCAAUGACGAGGCCAUGGCUAAGCUCACGACUGACCAGCUGAGCGAACCGGGGGCACCGGAACAAAUUAUCUAUUACCACAUAAUUCCGGAAUAUCAGACUGAGGAGAGUAUGUACAAUGCGGUUAGAAGAUUCGGGAAAAUAUCUUACGAUACGCUGCGUUUGCCGCACAAAGUCUUAGCACAGGAGGCUGAUGGGUCUGUGAAAUUCGGUCAAGGUGAUGGAUCGGCCUACUUGUUUGACCCCGAUAUUUACACCGAUGGCCGAAUUUCGGUCCAGGGAGUUGAUGGGGUUUUGUUCCCCGUAGAGGAGACGACGACUAAGAAAUCGGAAAGUAAAAAAAGCAUUAAAGUUGCAAUAAAACCGAAAAGAGGAAAAUUGCUUGAAGUAGCAUGCCAGAUGCUUGGUGCCAUUGGACAAGAUUCCCAUUUCACCACAUGCCAGUAAACACAACCCUUCCGUGUUUACAUCAAAAGGAAAACUUCAAACUUGGAAAAAGGCGGUGAAAACAAUGUAAAAAGUUUUUUAGGUAUGAGAUUGUGACUCGCUUUUCUUCUACAGUAGAGCUUUCUUCUACCGUAGGGUAUAAAAUUUCUCACGGAAGGCUGGCAGGCAGUCAAAAUUGAAAAAAGAUGGGGAAUUAUGGGAAGAGAAGCGAUGGGUAAAGAUGUGUUGUUAAAUUUCAGUUCUAAUGCUUUCAUUGGAAGGAAAGGUUGGCUAUAUUAGUUAAAGUUACCCUAAAAGAAACAAGAUUUUUGUAUUUUUGUUUUUAUAAUUUUUAUUUUGUGUGUAAUAUGAACAUGGUGUUGGUGAGGUGUCAAUUGUGGGGAGGGGAAUAAUUUUGUGUGAUGUAAUGUAGAUGAAUACUGAAGAGUCUACUGCUACUUCCACCAAGUGGGCAGCCCACUUAAUAAAAGAGUAGACCAAAAAGUAUGUGGCAAUACAUAUAAUAAAAUAAAAUAAACAAAAAUAAUUCUUUUGUGUUCA